UCCCUCUGGUUGCAAUUUCACAGAAAUGGAGACAAGAACGCCACUAAAAUCACUUAAUUCUGACACCAGAACGUAUGUUAUCUUUAUUAACAAGUCUAGCAGACGUGCAAGGGCAUGGUGGCUUGAUUUCAAAGGGAAGCCAGUCUCUUAUGGCGACAUAUCACCGAAUGGAACACUUCGAAUGAACACUUUCCUGACGCAUCCAUGGGUUUUUAGGGUGACGGAGAACGGAGCCAAACUCUUAGCCAAUCGGCAAGAAGUUUAUUAUCCAACGCUGUCAGAAAAUAAGGAUAUUAUCACGGUGAAUAUUACAACACCAGUAUACUCUUUACGUGAAUGCUGUUUGAUGGUGAUCAGGAGAUUAGUGAAAAGACGAGAUCUCAACAGACUGGAAAUUCCUGAGAUGCUGAAGCAUGACCUCGUGACAGUACCUGAUUUAUCGAAGGAGCUUGAAAUAAUGAAUUCUUAACCUACGAUCACGAAGCUACAUUUUUAGGAUGCGUUUUACAAUUUUGCACGAUGGGUGCAUUGUAGUCUAGGCCCUAGGCCUACUGCUUUUGCCAUUUGGUGCCAUGCAUUUAACUCUGGAAUUGCCUACAAGCAAUCUGAGGGCUGAACAUAGGCCUACAUGUCCUGCUACUGCACCUUCUCUGUCUGACAUGUGAAGGUUAGGCUACAUUAAUUCUUUUCAAAACUGACAAAUUUGUGUAAUCUUUUUGUGCACUUUGUAUGUGCAAUACAUAAUGUAUUCUAUAGAAUGUAUAAUAUUGUAUUGUACUGUAUAUUAUGCUUUUCUAUAUCAGCAAUGAAAUUAUUUUACAAAUAUGGUGAGUGUGAA